AUGAUCCCCAUUUGGCAGCCUUUGGAGACUGAGGCACGAAUUAAAGAUGACGGGAAUCCAACUUCAAGAGGCUCCAGUUUCAGUCAUACUAAUUUUUACUCAAUGGUGGGGGAUGCCCAGAACUCAAACUUGGGUGCAAAUGAUGAUUAUGGGCUUCCAUCUUCAAGAGGGCCAACUCCAAGACCUUCAACUUUUGAGGAGGAAACUAAAGAUAAUGCGAAUAAGUCAAGAUUUUACCAUGGAAAAACACAAUAUCCAGCUCCAAACCCAGGAGAAAUGUUAUGGAUCCUUAAAGACACCAGUUAG